AUGGCUUCUUCUUCAAUGGAAAUAAAUAUGGAUACACUCUAUGACGAUUUGAUGAAUCUUUGUUCCCAAGAUGAUACUUUCUAUUACAAAGAUGUUCGUUUAUAUUCAAUCAAAUAUCGUAUAUUCAAUUAUCGUCUCUGUUCUUAUGCAACAUUUCAGUUGCGUACAGCAGCUUUGAAUUGUCGUGGAACAAUGUUCAACAUUUCGAAUCCGAAAAACAUACAACUCGUUUGUUUACCACAGAGGAAAUUUUUUAAUUACGAAGAAGGUUUUGGUCAAAAACAAUUUCAUGAACGUGGUCGAUUCGGUGAUAGAAUGGAGAAAAUGGACGGAACAUUGAUAUCGACGUUUCUACACGGAAGAGCAUCGAAAGAAGUUCGACUUAAAUCUAAACAAUCGUUGACAUCAAAGCAAGUUAUUGAAGCUAUGCAAUUACUUGUUGGUAUGUAA